AUGGCCAUAGCCAAGAAAGUGUUAAAUGAUUGCAGAACUCUAAAGGGAGCCGCUUUUCCCCAAUAUUUAGCCGUGGUGUUAGCCCACAUCAAAUACAAAUAUUUUAUUGAGUUAUGCCACUUACACCUAAGGAAGCAAACAUAUUUGAAUACUGAGAUUACUGUAUUAAUUAUUUUUUUCUCUUUCCAGGAUAGGGUAUUGGAACGCCUGAAGGCCCUGUCAGGACCAAUGAUUGACUUGGUGCCGCGCGAAGAAAAUGUGAGGAAGUUCUCAAAUCAUUGCAGACUUUGGGUUGGAAAUCUUCCUCUUGACAUCAAGGAAGAUGAUGUUAAGGAAUUGUUCAAGCCAUUUGGAGAGUUUGAUGAAGUGUACUUUGACAAGAAUAAAGGCUUUGCAUUUGUGCGAAUGGACUACAAGAGCAAUGCAGAGAAGGCAAGGCAGGAGUUACACCUGAAGGACUACAAGGGUCGGCAGCUGAAGAUUAGGUUUUCUUCACCAGGCACAGCCUUGAAAGUCCGGAAUCUGUCCACUUGGGUGACAAAUGAAUUGCUAGAGAAGGCAUUUAGUGUGUUUGGAGAACUAGAGAAAGCAGUUGUGAUCACAGAUGAACGUGGUCGUGCUACAGGUGAAGGUGUUGUGGAAUUCUGUAAGAAGCCAGCUGCUAAUUUGGCUCUCAAAAAAUGUCAGGACGGUUGCUUCUUUAUGGUCGCGUCACCACGUCCAGUUAUUGUAGAACCAAUGGCUGUAGUGGAUGACAAUGAAGGCAUGAGUGAGAUCAAUGUUAACAAGCGUAACCCAGAGUACAUCAAGGAAAGGCAACAAGGCCCUCGCUUUGCUCAGCCGGGCUCCUUUGAAUAUGAGUAUGGCUUAAAAUGGAAGCAGUUGUAUGAGCUUUUUGACAAAAAGAAAGAUUCUUUGGAAAGGGAGUUAAAUGAUGAGAAGCGGAAACUUGAAGAGCAGAUUGAAUAUGCAAAAUAUGAGCAUGACACAGAAAUGCUAAGAGAACAGCUGCGUCAAAGGGAGGAAAUGAAUCAGCGCACUAAGACAGACUUUGAACAACGCCAGCGUGAAUGGGAAGAGCAUAGACGUCAAGAGGAGGAGCGUCAACGGCGACAGGAAGAGGAGUUAUCAAUGAAGUUCCGUCAACAGGAAGAGGAACUGAGGAGGCGCCAGGAAGAGAACAGACAGUUUAUGCAAGAAAGGGCAAAUGAUCUAAUGAAGAGCGAAAACAGCCAAGACAGCUUUGGCAGUGGUGGCUACCAAGGGAUGGAAGGUAGCAACUGGCGACGCACCAGUGACAGUUACGGCACGCAAGGAGGCAGCAGCUGGCGUGGAGGAGGAAGCGACUCCUGGGGACGCUCAGCUGGUGCAGGUAGUCGAGGAGGUGUUGGUAGUGGCACUGGCCAGAAUUGGGGAGACAGUGCAUGGGAUGGACGUCCAGACCCUUGGCAGAGUGACAACCGUGGCAGUUACCAGAGAGGCAACAGUGAGAGUGAGUUGCCUCCUCCACCG